AGCACCACUAGCAAAUUUCAGUAAUUUGGUUUCAAAUAUUGGAAUUGCUUCUCCAUAUAUACUUUUUUCAAUUUUCCAGGACCAUCUUUCAGAAAAUUGUCUUAUAUAUCCAAAAUAUAAGGCAUAAUGAUGCUCAACUCGCAGGAGGAAGACCAUGUUGAACUGAGCAUAAACCCAGAUUUCCCGCCAGAUUACCACGGUUACCCAAGUUACUCAGGCCCCAAAAAUGGCCGAAUUGAUGAAGGGAAAUCGGAACCUUCGAGUAUUGAGAGAGCACGCUCAGAAUCUUCACCACGACUGGCCGCUAUAUGGGAAAAGCCGUCGACGGUUAAGGGAAUCUUCGCAGAUGUUUCAAAGUGGGAUAAGAUCUUUAUAACUUCAUGCAUAAUUGCAGUCUUGUUGGAUCCAUUGUUCUUUUACAUUCCAUAUAUCCAUGAAGAUAACAAGUGCCUUGGAAAAGACAAGACUUUGGGGAUUGCAGCUAUUCUUCUGCGCUCACUCACAGAUAUCACUUUCAUAGUGAAUAUUACAUAUCAGAUUCGUGAGUGGAUUAAAACUGGUUCCAUUAAAAUCCAGAAAGCUGGUCUACCCUCCAAGGAUGUAGAAGAUCAAAGACCAACCAUAGUCUGGGAAGAUUCGAUUGACAAAGGAGAGUGCACUCAAUUUGCUGAGGAAGUCGUAGGGAUAUUUAGCCGAACAAAAAAGAAAAUAGCUGGGGCAAAAAAUAAGAUAGCUCAGAAGUUGCCGUGGUUGACCCUCCCCGUGUUUAUUGACAUUCUUGCUGUUCUUCCCCUCCCACAAGUGUUUAUAGUAUAUGUUUUCUUCGAAAUCAGUGGCUCAGGAUAUUUGGAUUAUAGACAUAUGAUGAAUCUCUUUCUUCUUGGUCAAUAUGUGCCCAGGAUUUUUCGAAUUUAUUUAUCGUCUGCAGAAUUUACAAAAACUAGUGGAAUAUGGGUUAAAGGUGCAUUCAAUUUUUUUCUCUACAUCCUUGCAAGUCAUGUACUCGGAGCAUUUUGGUAUUUUUUUUCAAUUCAACGAGAGACAUCAUGUUGGCACCGAGCUUGUCAGAAAUAUAUGCAUAAUGACAAAGGAUGUAUGAGUAAGUUUUACUGCAAAGGGAAUCAAGCUUCUCCGAAUACAACUAUCACAUCAUUCCUAGAAGAGCAUUGUCCUCUAAGUGACAAUAUCACGUCGGAACAGUUUAAUUUUGGAAUCUUUCUUGAUGGCCUAAAAAAUAAUAACACGCAACACAUAAAUUUUGCACGAAAGUUCUUCUUCUCCUUUUGGUGGGGCCUAAGAAACCUAAGUAAUUUUGGCACAAAUCUGACAGCAACAAGUACAUAUGUGUGGGAAAACUUAUUUGCCAUUCUUAUCUCUAUCAUUGGCUUGCUACUGUUCCUAUAUCUCGUUGGAAAUGUGCAGACACUAAUGCAGUUUGAAACUACAAAAUGGGAGGAGAUAAGACGGAAGAUUGAAAUGAAAAGGCUCGAUCUAGAAGUGUGGAUGCAAAGAAAUAAAAUCCCGAAUGAGCUGAAGAAAAAGAUCAUUAAGAGCAUAAAAAAGAAGUUGGAAGAAGACAAAGAUGCCAAUCUUGAAAAUCUAUUCAGUAUUCUUCCAUGGGAUACCAGAAAAGAUCUUAAGCGUUUUCUCUGCGUGAAUGCGCUAAGAAAUGAGCCGAUGCUCAAAGAUGCUAAUCCAAAAGUGGUGAAAAUGAUCUGCGACUAUCUGAAGCCGGUGAUGUAUGUGGAGAAAAGCAGUAUCUUUCAAGCCGGAGAACCACUCGACAUGAUGCUUUUCAUAACGCAAGGCACUGUUUGGACCUAUUCGAGUAGUAGUAGUACAAGUGAUGAUACUUCUCUAACAGGAAAACAAAAACUGGGUAGUGCUUCUCCAUUAAUGAUCACCAAGUCACUCAAGGAAGGCAAUUCUUAUGGAGUUGAACAACUUCUACGAUGGGUAGCAGUACCCGACUACCAUUUCUCCAACCUUCCUUGCCUGAACGAGAAUGUGAGAUCGAUCUCAUUCAAAAGUGGAAGGCUUUACACUCAUGGCCAUGCCAGCGACCUGAGAAUAGCAGCCAUCAAAUGCCUAGGCAUUUGGAACUUCAUCAAUAUAUGCCCCCAAUCCUCAAGAAAGAGAGGAGGUGGCACGUACUACCAUAGCCGCAGCAGUCCGUCGUUUCCGAAAUCAGUUACAAGCACCAAAAAAGUCCGGAUCAAAGCCAAUGGCGGAGUUAGGAUUUUAAAAUAA